AUGAAUGUAUCUCGUCUUCCUAAACCAGUAGCAGCGUAUGCCUUGGAAAAAAUAUCGUCAUGUUUUGAAAAGUGCAAGGAAUUGGCUGACAAGACCGGAUGUCCGCUCAAUCUAGAAGCGUUUAACUUUCAUCAAAUGAAAUCAGAGUUAUACAAUGUUCUUCUGGUUCUGGAUGAAAGUAUGCACAAAUCAUUUAUCGUAGAAGCACAAUCUUCAAUAUACGGAGUAUAUUAUCCCAAGCCCGAGCACGAUCUCAGCAAGAUAAUCAUGGUUUAUCCUUCAGAAUUGCGGUUGUUGAGUGCUCUAAACGGUGAACUUUCCAAUAGAAGGAAGCCCAACGAGGACAACGAGGAUGUGAGACUAUUGAUAAGGACAUUUUAUACCCGAAAUAGUAUUCAUGCUAUUAAUAACUUCCUCCGGGAAUCCACUGGGAUCUAUGAAAGAUUAAUCUGGAUCAUCGUAUUGACAGUCACCGUAAUAGGUUGGAUUUACGUAAGUUCGAUUAUAUCACAACGAUAUACGGAGGGAACCUUUCAAACAGUCGUUGCCAGUACAACAUACCCAGUCUAUAAAAUAGCCUUUCCAACAAUCACAAUUUGCAAUAAUAACCGUUUGAAUUGGAGCCGCCUUCAAGCUGCUAAAGAGCACUUCCUUCCUGGCGAAACGAACGAGAAAAAAUUAGAUCUUUUCACUCGAUUUGUUGCCAUCUUCGAUGGAAUGGCUUUCGGGAAGUUCGACAGCAUCGGAAGUGUCUCUGACGACUUCCUUCAAUCGUUGAAUGGAAUAAAUUUCACUCAAGUUGUGACAUUCAUGGCGUGGACUUGUGAGGAAUUUUUGGACAAUUGCAGAUGGCGUUAUGAUGAAAUUAAAUGUUGUGAAGAAUUUGAACUGCAGAGGAGUGAAAUUGGUGCGUGUUAUGUUUUCAAUGGUUUAGAAAGUGAACAUUCGAAAAUGAGACAGAUUGCUGAUAAAUAUUAUCCAUACCAUAAUUCGAACUAUGAACCGAAGAGUGGAUUGCAAGUGAGGCUAAUGAUAAGACCGGAAGAUCAUUUGCCGUCCAGUGACUUAGAAAAGGGAAUACUUGUUACAAUUCAUGAACCACCAGUUUGGUCUACCAAUCCUUUUUUUAUACCGUGGAAUACACAGACAUCGAUUGAAGUAGAUCCUGUGAUUUAUUUCACUGAUGAAGAAACUAGAGUUGUGCCGUCGGGAUUGAGGAAGUGUGUUUUCCAAGAUGAACGUAACAGCGAAGACUUCAAGUCUCUACCGGGUCACGUUUACAUGAUCGAGAAUUGCUUUUCUCAAUGCCAUCAAGAGCACCUGAUGCGCUACUGUAAUUGCACCUUGGAUCUUCUUUUUCCUGUAGGUGACUAUCCACCAUGUCAAGCGUCCGACUUUCAAUGUAUCUACAACCAUCGAGAUUUCUUCCGUUACACAAAACGUAAGGGCGAAGACGAAUACGUCUCUAACCGGCACACAGGGAUGACAUGCAAGUGCUUCCGCAAUUGCAUCUCAUUGAAUUACAUCAACGAAGUGCGUCCCACCUAUCUACCAGCUAAUAUCCUUAACAAUUCGUCCUACGUGGAUCUCGAUAUAUAUUAUCGCUUCGAUUCGAUUAUUCAGUAUCGUACAAGUUUAGUCUUUGGUUGGGUGGAUUUAGUUGUGUCCUUUGGAGGAAUAGCUGGCCUGUUUCUUGGAUGUUCGCUAAUUAGUGCUGUGGAAAUUCUUUAUUUUCUUUGUGUUGACAUUCCGAAAUUUGUCUAUGGACGUUUUAAAAGACGAAGGAUUAUCACCCCAAGAACGAGGACUACUCCUCCUCGGCGUUUGAUGGUGGUGAAUCAACAUCAGCAUGAGUAUCAGCAGCAAGAGAUAAAACGUUGGGCUGAAGGAUACCAUCAUCUUCCUAAAGUACCAAGGCAAUGGUAUAAUCGACACAUUUUUCAUGUAAAUGAACAGAAUUUCAAGUAA